AUGCAGCCGGCAGUUCAACCAGUCCCUAAGGCAUCGAAUAAAGCCGACAAUCUGACUUCGCCCAGCGGCACCAAUGAUCUUGCACUUACAGCGGAUGGCGCCUCAGCAUCGCCGGAACGCAUUAAUAGUCCCACGAUUGUGCCUGAUUCGGCAGUUACCACAGGCUUGGAUCUCGCACUCUCGGAAUCAACGCCUUAUCAUUCAAUCGAGGAUAAUCCCGCGGGGACUCAAGGAGAAUUAUCACCGUCACAAUCCGCAAGGGCCGUGCUAGAGCCCUCUACCGGCAAUGCAGAUGCAUCUUUGCAUAUCUUACAAGAUCUCCCACAAAACACAAACGGCACUGAUGAAUCUCAGGGUGGGCCGCAACCAGCAAGGCCUUCGAAGACAAGAUUCAAGAAGGAGAGGCGUACUAGACUGGGCGCCGAACUCAGAAGUAAGAUCUGGCGAGGAGCUUAUCGGCUGGGUAUUAGUGGUGAUCCCCUGGAGGACCAACUUAAAGAGUCUAUGCAGCCGUCAAACCUUGCCCAUCGCAAGUUCCUCCCUGCAGGCAAAAUAUGCAACCUUGUUACUCAGGGGUCGGCCGGCACUGAAAUGUCAAAAUGGAGCCUUCAGGCCCGGAGGCGGCCAGCUAGCGUGCAAAUCGAAGCUGGGGAAAAGACGUACCGCAAGAUCUUCACCAUUCUGAUUUUCAUCCGUCGGCCGUAUGAGAUAUGGUCAUUUGUUGAUGAAGGUGUCUGCGACGCAGAUUUACCACUUGUCAAACACCAAGAUAACAAAGGCCAAUUUGAGCUUCGGCGUAAGAAAGAUCUUACCACUCAACUAAGAUGCUUCACCAAAUGGAGAUUUGGCACCACUAAGGAAUUCGAGAGUCGCCAAUGGAUGGUUCUUGCGCCCUUCUUCGACCGGUGGGACGGACAGGUAGUCCCAAAUAUUGAGCCGGACGAGAUCUUGCCCUUCACGACUUGGAAACAAUUAGAACGUGGAGCGUCUGGUCAGGUGUACCAAGCCAGAAUCCACCCCGAUCACCAUGCGGUAUAUGAAAUCUCGCAGGUACCUAAUGACAUCGUUGCUGUCAAGAAACUUGGCUCCAAGGGCGAAAGCGCUUUUAGGACGGAGUCAGCCAUACUUCAGAACCUGAGCAAUGACCGACAUAAGCACGAACAUCUCAUAACCCUGCUAACAACAUUCAAACUAUGUGACAGUUACCAUCUCAUGAUGCCGUAUGCUGACAAAGAUUUGGAAAGUUAUUGGAAAGAAACCAAACCAAGUCCAGACAUGGCGACCUGGCUAAUAGAACAGUGUGAAGGAAUCGUUGAAGGACUCUCGAAGAUCCAUCGUUAUUUGACCCAGUCGAAUACCUCCAUGCCCCACCAGGGCUCAUUCACGCGAAGGAGCACGAGGGAAGCACGAGACGAACCCAGUUUCCGCCGUCUUUUCGGUCGACAUGGAGAUAUCAAGCCGAAGAACAUCCUCUGGUUUCGUGACCAAGGUCCAAACGGUGGUUAUGGAACGCUGAAGAUCACAGACUUUGGAAUUGCAUGCUUUACCAAUGACAACAUGGGGCCCAGACGAAGCGACGGCUUCGUACCAAACUCACCAACGUUUCGCUCGCCCGAGUGCGAUUUUCCAGACGGAAAACUCAGCACUUUGUGUGAUGUUUGGGCGCUGGGGUGCGUGUACGUGGUGUUCAUCACCUGGUUUGUCGGCGGCUGGGAGGAUGUGUUGGCCUUUUCAAAGAAGCGACUGGCGACGGGCGCUCCUUGGUAUAGAAUCCAGACCGAUAGCUUUUUCAGCAUCUUCACAGACGGGCUGGGAGCGCCAAGAGCCCAAGUAAAUGUUUCUGUCACACAGAAAAUCAACGAGCUUCGCUCCAACAAGGCCUGUAAUGAGGCCCUACGCAAGCUGUUGGAAGUGAUACAGCAAGAUAUGUUGGUUGUACAACAAGUUGAAACCGGGGCUGCUGGACAACAUGCACCAGGGGGUCUUCCUAUUCCCCUGAACGAAACAAGGAGAAACAGUUCAGGAAACGUUGCCCGACAACUAAGUGAAAUCAGAACCAAUGUCAACAGAGUAACUAACCCGAUUAGUAUUGGCAGUGAGGGCUAGCGACAAGACAAAAGGAGGUGGUAGCAAAAACGAGGAAGCUGGUAGAGUUGUAACCUACACGCUUCGCAUAUUGAAAUGCUUGGGGCUCAAACACUCUUGUGAAAGCCGCUAAUAUUCCUGGGUCAUUGGAUCUGCAGAGUCGCGAAUCAAUGUAGCUCCUGUCCUUUCCGUAGAGCUUUAUUUCCAUCUUGCGUCACACGCUC